AUGGCCGCGCAGGGCGAGCCGGGCUACCUGGCGGCGCAGUCGGACCCCGGCUCCAACAGCGAGCGCAGCACCGACUCGCCAGUGGCCGGCUCCGAGGACGAUCUGGUGGCCGCGGCGCCCCUGCACAGUCCCGAGUGGAGCGAGGAGCGCUUCCGCGUGGACAGGAAGAAACUCGAGGCCAUGCUCCAAGCUGCCGCUGAAGGAAAAGGCAGAAGCGGGGAAGACUUUUUUCAGAAGAUCAUGGAAGAGACAAACACUCAGAUUGCCUGGCCAUCCAAACUGAAGAUCGGAGCCAAAUCCAAGAAAGAUCCCCACAUCAAGGUGUCUGGCAAGAAAGAUGACGUAAAAGCCGCCAAAGAAAUGAUCAUGUCUGUCUUAGACACAAAAAGCAACCGCGUCACGCUGAAGAUGGACGUCUCGCACACAGAGCACUCGCACGUCAUCGGCAAAGGCGGCAACAACAUCAAAAAGGUGAUGGAGGAGACGGGCUGCCACAUCCACUUUCCCGAUUCCAACAGGAACAACCAGGCGGAGAAAAGCAACCAGGUGUCUAUAGCAGGACAGCCAGCAGGAGUAGAAUCUGCCCGGGCGAGGAUUCGGGAGCUGCUUCCUUUGGUGCUGAUGUUUGAGUUACCGAUUGCUGGAAUUCUCCAACCGGUCCCGGAUCCCAACGCCCCCUCCAUCCAGCGCAUCUCACAGACGUACAGCAUUUCCGUGUCAUUUAAGCAGAGGUCUCGAAUGUAUGGUGCUACUGUCAUAGUGCGGGGGUCUCAGAAUAACACAGAUGCUGUGAAGGAAGGAACAGCCGUGCUAUUGGAACACCUUGCGGGAAGCUUGGCAUCUGCCAUCCCCGUGAGCACACAACUGGACAUUGCCGCCCAGCAUCACCUCUUCAUGAUGGGCCGGAACGGGAGCAACGUCAAACAUAUCAUGCAAAGGACAGGGGCGCAGAUCCACUUUCCUGACCCCGGCAACCCACAGAAGAAAUCCACCGUCUACCUCCAGGGCACCAUCGAGUCUGUCUGCCUGGCAAGGCAAUAUCUCAUGGGGUGUCUUCCUCUUGUGCUGAUGUUUGAUAUGAAGGAAGAAAUUGAAGUGGACCCACAGUUCAUCGCACAGCUGAUGGAGCAGCUAGAUGUCUUUAUCAGUAUUAAACCAAAGCCCAAACAGCCAAGCAAGUCUGUGAUUGUGAAAAGUGUUGAGCGAAAUGCCUUAAAUAUGUAUGAAGCAAGGAAAUGUCUCCUCGGACUUGAAAGCAGUGGGGUCUCCAUAGCAACCAGUCUAUCCCCAGCAUCGUGCCCUGCCGGCCUGGCAUGUCCCAGCCUGGAUAUCUUAGCUUCAGCAGGCCUUGGACUCACUGGACUAGGUCUAUUGGGGCCCACCACCUUGUCGCUCAACACUUCAACAACCCCAAACUCACUCCUGAACGCUCUCAACAGUUCAGUUAGUCCUUUGCAAAGUUCAAGUUCUGGCACCCCGAGCCCUACACUGUGGGCACCCUCAAUCGCUAACACUGCAAAUGCCCCAGGCUUUUCUGCUAUACCACACCUUAUGAUUCCAUCUACUGCCCAGGCCACGUUAACCAAUAUCUUGCUAUCUGGCGUGCCCACCUACGGACACACAGCCCCGUCUCCCCCACCUGGCCUGACUCCCGUUGAUGUCCAUAUCAACAGCAUGCAGACAGAAGGCAAGACCAUCUCAGCCUCUUUAAAUGGACAUGUGCAGCCUCCGAACAUGAAAUACGGGGCACUGUCCACUUCAUCGCUUGGGGAAAAAGUGCUGAGUGCCAGUCACGGUGAUCCAUCCAUGCAGACACCUGGGCCGGAGCAGGCUUCUCCCAAGACAAACUCUGUGGAAGGCUGCAAUGAUGCCUUCGUUGAAGUGGGCAUGCCUCGAAGUCCUUCCCAUUCUGGGAAUGCUGGCGACUUGAAGCAGAUGCUGGGUCCCUCCAAGGUCUCCUGUGCCAAGCGGCAGACGGUUGAGCUCCUACAAGGCACGAAGAACUCACACCUACACAGCACUGACAGAUUGCUCUCAGACCCUGAGCUGAGUGCCGCGGAAAGUCCCCUCGCUGACAAGAAGGCGCCAGGGAGCGAGCGCGCAGCUGAGAGAGCAGCUGCCCAGCAGAACUCGGAGAGGGCCCGCCUGGCCUCGCAGCCACCGUAUGUCCACAUGCAGGCCUUUGACUAUGAGCAGAAGAAGCUAUUAGCCACCAAAGCGAUGCUAAAGAAGCCAGUAGUGACUGAGGUCAGAACGCCCACAAAUACCUGGAGUGGCCUGGGGUUCUCCAAGUCCAUGCCUGCCGAAACCAUCAAGGAGCUGAGACGAGCCAACCACGUGUCGUACAAGCCCACAAUGACGACCGCCUACGAGGGCUCCUCCUUGUCCCUCUCGAGGUCCAGCAGUCGUGAGCAUCUGGCAAGUGGAAGUGAAUCGGACAACUGGCGAGACCGGAAUGGAAUAGGACCCAUGGGUCACGGCGAAUUUGCGGCACCCAUUGGCAGCCCCAAGCGCAAACAGAACAAGUCAAGAGAGCAUUAUCUCAGCAGCAGCAACUACAUGGACUGCAUUUCCUCGCUGACAGGAAGCAAUGGCUGCAACCUGAACAGCUGCUUCAAAGGCUCCGACCUCCCCGAGCUUUUCAGCAAGCUGGGUCUGGGCAAAUACACCGACGUCUUCCAGCAGCAAGAGAUUGAUCUCCAGACGUUCCUCACCCUCACAGAUCAGGAUCUGAAGGAGCUGGGAAUUACGACCUUUGGUGCCAGGAGGAAAAUGCUGCUGGCCAUCUCAGUUUGUGACUCUGUUCAGAUCCGCAACAAGAUCCUGAGAGCUGCCAGGAUUGUGUGAACCUUGGAAUUUCAAAGAAAAAGAACUAAGUAAAAGCCGAAGAAAACUUUUUGAACCUCCAAAUGCAUGCACCUCCUUCCUGGAAGGCGGAGCCAGUGGGAGGCUGCCCCGCCAGUAUCACUCAGACAUUGCCAGCGUCAGUGGCCGUUGGUAGCGGUACCUUCUGGACGCCCACUCACCUGCUCUCUGCAGAGAUGGACAUGACCUGUGGACAGUCUUCACUGCGCCCGUCCGUCCUUGGCACUCUGGCUAUCUGGGAUCAGGACCAAAGCGUUGACUUCGCACCUGUACUUCAUGGAAAAAAAAAAAAAGGAAGACAGGAGAUAAGUCUCAUGUUCUCAUGUUGCCUCAAAGCACCAAAGUGGAAAGGAAGUUUUUUAAACUUGCAAUUGGACAGAAUUUGCGAAAUGAGGGUAGAGCUUUGUUUCUUCGUAUUUUCCUAUAUAUGCACUGAUUUUUUUUUUCCCCCUUAGCUAAAAUGAAGGCGAAUUUGACAUCUGGGAUGCCAGAAAACUUAGAAUUUUGUUUGCUUGAACUGUCUUGAUGUUUGGGGAUUUGAAGAAAAAAUAAUCAAAGUAUAAUUUUCUGCUUUAAGGUAAUGACUGAGGUCUUCCAGCACUUUACAUGGUCUAGUUGCUCGUCCUGUGGAUCUGUCUCUCAGCUCUGUGUCUCUGCUAUUGGUACACAUGUUUCUGGCUCCCUCCAUUGUUUAUUUGCAAUGGUACUGGACAUUAGUGGGUUCCGUGCAGAGUUUUCUGUGCUCUUGGGGAAUGUGAGCCACUUGGCUAUGGACCAAAUUCUGUCCAUUUGCGUCAGCAUCUUGGGAAUCAUUGGCCAUGACUGCAGUUCACUGGCCAGGUACAAAAGACAGACCAAAUGGACUUUGCAAUACCAGCUCUUUGCAGUUGUCACAGUUAGCUGCUAUCUGUAUUGCUAAAAAUGAUCUUGAUGGUUGUCUCAAAGGCCAAGGGGCUGGUCUUUUAGUAUACUGCCACUAAAGGACAUUUAUUUAUAUCAAACUUUUAUUUUUAGAUAUUAUAAGCAUACAGUAGAUGACCGAUGAAAUUGAUAUUUUCUAGAGAUUUAUGGUAGAGAAUGAGCUGCAUUCAUAACUGGAGCCCUAGGUUGUCACUUUAUUUAAAAAAAAAAAAAAAGACAAGUAACCAUUUGACGAGACAGCUCUGCUGCCACUAUGAAGAGAAGAGGCCCCUCCUUACCCAGUAACUCCAUCCCCUGUGGGUCCUGGGAUGGUCUUCAAAGUGCCUUCCAGUCCACUCGAAGUCAGCUUGGGUCAGUUGGGAACAGAGGAAGGCCCCGGGGCGACAGCUCCUUUGAGAGCUGGAUUCUGAAAGGAGAGAGAAAGGUUUUCUAAGUGGCCGGAUUUAUCAUAACAAUCUUAUACUGUGAAAGUCCAAGAGACCGGGCGACAUUAUUUUCUGUCUUUGCAGAUGUAUGAAGGUUUUCAAUCCAAGGAAGAAAACCACUCCCAUCCCUUUCUCCCUUCAGAGCGAUAGUCUUACCAAGUGUAGACGUCUUUCGGGAAACUUGCCCCAUAGGGUGUGUCGCCAGGUACCUUUCGUGAUGUGUCUAUGUUUAGUGUAUGAAGGCUUUCUGUGUGACAGACUGCUCCCACCUGCUCUAGGUAGAGGUGUUGGAGGACCGUGUACACAGCAGGGUGUCUACAGAUGCGAGGUAGGAAAUCCCUGCCCAGCCGUUUUCCAAGGCUUAUUCCUGAUCGCUGAAGAACUGAAGGAAUCUUGACCCAGAGAGAGGUUUUCAGCUGGAAAACUUCGGCCCCCUGGAAGCAUGACAAGGAGUUUGUCACAGCAGUAUCAUCUACCUGGCCCUCACCUCAGCCAUAACCGCCGAAGGGUACAGAAUGGAAUCACUCUCUGUGUGAGUGUGGCGUGGCCCCCCUGUGCCCCUGUGCUCAGAUGGCUGCCCGAGGCUUAUCACAUAUCCACCUCACCAUCUUGGCAGACUGCUCGGUUCUCUAAAUUCUGUUAUUUCUUUAGGUUUUUUUUUCUUCUAAUUAAUCAUUGGAGGUCGUUUUGGACUCUGCCAUGCAUUUACUAAGGGAAGAAGAUGGAACAGAAUUUCAGUGCGAAGCUGGUUUAGGCUGGAUACAGAGUGCUUUGAUUUUACACCAAAGGGAAACUGCCCACUUCAACUUGAUUACAUAGGGAGGCUAAAAAAGAAAAUAAUUAAAAACACUGGAAGGUUUUUCUCCCUUUCUCUGGAUGCAGCCAAGAGCAUAGAGACUUGCAGGUAUUCUGCCAUACACAAAAUAUUUGGGUUAUUCGAAGUCAUGGUAACUUUUAACCAAUCUGGCCUGACUCAUGACUGGUAAUCUGUAAAUAUGAGCAACACAGAUUGUAUUUUGUGGGGAAUUUUUAUCCUUUUAUCACUUUUUUAAAAAAAAAAAACCUGAGAGAUGGGAUGAACAUUGAAAGUGGGGAUUUUUUUCUAAACCAAUCGUUACAUGCGAAAUAAAUUUAUAUAACUCCUUU